AUUGAUCCAUUCACAACUUGGAGUACCUCCUUUCUGCUUCUAUCUCUCCUGCAAAUGGAGAAUAGCGAGCAAGAGAGGACGGACUCACCAUUGGAGUAUGAUUUGAGGAAGUACCUCCUUCUGUUGGCCACCCUUGUGGCCACGGUGACAUAUGGUGCAGGAUUCAGCCCGCCGGGGGGUGUCUGGCAGGACACCGAGGCCGGGCACCUCGCUGGUGACUCCAUCAUCCGGGAUAGCCAGUAUCGCCGAUACCUUAUGUUCUUCUACUGCAACGCGACUGCAUUCGCGCUGUCCAUCGUGGUCAUCAUCCUCAUCUUCAUCCUUGCUAUCCUGCAUGAGAAGGGGAAGUUACAGAUCCCCAUGCUUCCACUGCGAGCAGCCAUGGUGCUGGACCUGCUAAGCCUCAUUGGGGCCUAUGCUGCAGGGACCAGUCGGGGUGUUCUCACAGCCGGCAACGUCUCUGCACUUGUGGCUACUUUCAUCUAUAUGGUGGCACAGAUGGUGGUAACUUUAUGGCUUGACAAGAAACAGACUCAGGAUAUAAGCUCAGGUGAUGAGAAGAAAAAACGGCACCGCAAGGUACUGAUGCUUCUCGCAACAUUUGUGGCAAGCAUCACAUACAUGGCUGGGCUGAGCGCACCGGGUGGCUACUGGGAUAACAACCAGGAGGGCCACCAUCCAGGCGAUCCCGUCCUGUGGGAACACCACUCUCGCCGUCUGAGGGCGUUCUUUGUCUGCAACACAAUUGCAUUUGUCGCAUCCCUGCUCAUCAUCAUGCUGCUUCUGGACAAGAAGCAGCGGAUCUUCUUACCCCUCGACAAGAUAAAGAUCACCAUCACCGUACGGACUUAUGUGCUCUACGCGUACAUCACCAUUGCUCUUUUAGGCCUUGUGGGGGCCUAUGUGGCUGGCAGCUGCAGAAAGCCUGACACUACCAUCUAUGUACUCAGUCUGGUUGGUGCUGUUCUUUUAUGCAUAGGCGCCCUCCAGGCAGUCCUAUUUUUUCUGCCACAACUUUCAAACAUAUCCUGCUUGCCAAUAAUUGCAAAGUUAUCAUGUUCACCGGGAGGGCCAUCAGAUAGCAGUUCCAGAAAGAAUACAAGCAGUAAGACAGAUAUUCUGGAGAAGGCCCAAUCUCUUGUUGUACUGCUUGCCACUCUUGUGGCAACUGUUACUUACCAAGCAGGGCUAGUCCCACCAGGUGGUGUCUGGCAGAAAAACCAAGAUGGGCACAUGGCUGGCGAACCAAUACUCUUAUCCACACAAGCCAAACGUUACAAGGUGUUCUUUUACUGUAACUCGACAGCCUUUGCAGCAUCAUUGGUUGUCAUAGUUUUGGUCCGGUAUAAACCUUUGCUCAGGCGCCGCAUUCUAGAGAUAACUAUGAUUUUGGAUCUGUUUGGUCUCAUGGGUGCAUAUGCUGCUGGAAGCUGCCGGGACAUAACCACAUCAGUUUACAUCAUUGCCUUGGCAGGCGGUGUUCUAGUCUAUGUGGUGAUUCAUGUUGUGUUCUUCACGCUUGAAGACAAUGACAAGGAGAAGGAAGUUGGGAACACGAAUUCUGUACGAAAUGGUUCAGUUGUGCGCACCCAAAAUAAUUCAGCUGAGGGCAAUCUUGCUGAGAAAGAUUCAUGUAUUGACAAAAGGCGCAAGAGGCUGCUCCUUUUCGCUGUUUUGGGCGCGACCCUCACUUAUCAAGCUGGGUUGACCCCACCGGGUGGGUUCAGAGUUGUGGAUGAUGGUUUUGGGCGCCAUGCUGGUGAUCCAAUACUCUUUUACAACUUUCCACGCCGUUACAAGGCAUUUCUCUAUUGUAACUCGGUAAGCUUCAUGUCAUCUCUUUCCCUCAUCAUACUCCUCGUGAACCCAAAUCUGUAUAGGCCAGCUAUACAAAGCUAUGCUCUUUCGGUUUGCACUGUAGCAGGCUUGUUUGCUCUUCUGGGAGCCUAUGCUGCCGGAAGCACUCAACAUCUGAAAACAUCCAUUUAUGUCUUUGUGUUGGUAGCUGUGGUGCUUUUCAUUAUGAUCAUACUCCUGGUGUGUUUCUAUCAAAGUGAGAGCAAAGAGAAGCGAGAUGACAUAUCCAAGGAGCCCGUUGAGAAAGACAAGGACAGAGCCAAAUACCAUGCCAAGCGCAAGUACUUGAUGUUGCUAGGGGUCCUGGCUGCAAGUGUUACUUACUCCCAGGCUGGUCUGAACCCACCUGGCGGUGUGUGGCAGGGUAAUAGUGACGGGCAUGGUGUGGGUCACUCGGUUAUGCAUGACAAUAAGAGGUAUCGCUACCUCACCUUCUUCUACAGCAACUCAACUUCUUUUGUGGCAUCUAUUGUUGUUAUCAUCCUAUUGCUACCGACGGAACUGCUAAAGAAGAACAGGUGGCUAAGGGUGAUGAAUAUUACAAUUGUGCUGGACUUGCUCGGCCUACUGCUAGCCUACGUGGCUGGGUCGAGCAUGAGAUGGGAACCUUCUGGAUAUGUCAUUGCAUUUGUUAUUGGUGCACUAGGCUGUGCUGCAAUCCACAAGUUUUUGUCAUUUGUCAGAAGGUCUCAGCAACAGGGGCAAGGAAAUGAUCAGCCUUCUCGGUUACCAGAAGGCGGCAGUCAAGCUUAGAUGUUGUUGGCAUGGUAACGAGCGGAUUAGAGGGCUCAAGUGUAGCAAACACUCAAAAAGUACUGCCAUUUUUUUCUUAUCUCCUUUUCGAGGAAAUAAUGUUGCUAUUUUUGGAAUUUUUUUAAAAAAUAAUACGAUUUUAAUAGAAAAUCGCAAAAAUAUAGGUCGGUUCGACGAAAUCGUAAAUUUAGCACCCUGUCGAACAACCGUGUCUCGAUAGAGGUACUUAUCGAACUAUGGCAGUUCGACAUGUACCUGUCGAACUGCCAUAGUUCGAUAGGGUAGUUGGUCCAAGGGAAAAAAUAAAAAAAGGACAGUAACAGUGCCCGGCAGGACAUAUCGAACAAGCAAACUUCGAUAGGGUGGCAUGUCGAACAGCCCAAGUUCGAUAGGGUCUCAGCUACAGUGUGCUACAGUGUUUUUCCUCUUUUUAAAAAUUAUUUUAUCACCUGUCGAACUGCCGGCACCCUGUCGAACUGCGGUUGUUCGAUAGGUACCCUGUCGAACCACGGAUAUUCGAUAGGGUGCCAAACUUGCGAUUUCGUCUAACCGACCUAUAUUUUUGCGAUUUUCCUUUAAAAUCGUAUUAUUUCCAAAAAAAAAUCCUAUUUUUGCUUUCACGAGUAGGCACAUUUCAAAUAUUUGUACUAUAUAUAUAUUCACAUAUUUCCUUCAAGCUAUGUGAGCAUCAAUUCUAUUGAACAAAUGAAAUCAUCAUGGGCAUCAGCAA